ACUUCCAUGUACAUAAUUUCAAGGUCCCUAAUUUCAAUCAUUCAAUCUUUUUUAUUAUAUAUUACUGUAAUCAAUAAAAUUAUGAUAAUGGUAGUCAAUCAUUUAUACUUAUUGUUAUAAAAAAAUCCCAUCAUAUAUCUUAUGGAUCGGACGCUCUUGGGCUUUUCUUGAAACCACUAUAAAACCUAUCUCAAUUCUUUCAUUUUCUCCACACCCAAUUCACUCACAACCUAGCUAGCUAGUAAACAGUAUUUUCUAUAUACCAAAAAUGGCUUCAAGUUCCAUAGCUCUUUUCUUGGCUCUCAAUCUUCUCUUUUUCACAACAAUCUCCGCCUGUGGUAGCUGUACUCCGUGCGGCGGAGGUUGCCCCUCUCCCAAGCCAAAGCCAACUCCUAAACCAACCCCAAGCCCUAGCUCUGGCUCGAGCAAGUGCCCUAAAGACACCCUCAAGCUCGGUGUCUGCGCUAAUGUGCUCAACGGCCUCCUGGACUUGACCCUUGGCAAGCCACCGGUCGAGCCAUGCUGCAGCCUCAUCCAAGGACUCGCUGAUGUUGAGGCAGCCGUUUGUCUCUGCACCGCUCUUAAGGCUAACAUUCUUGGAAUCAACUUGAACCUCCCAAUAUCUUUAAGUCUACUCCUUAAUGUUUGCAGCAAACAACUUCCUCCUGGCUUCCAAUGCUAAAAACCAUAUUGAUAUAUAAUUUAAAUACACUUAUGUGUGUAUUAAUUUAUCUUCUUGUUUUAAAGAGACAGGGUGAUUCUCUAUACUCUUAUAUUGUGUCUUUAUAUAUCUUGAUCUGUGGUUUCUUCUACUCUGCUUGCUCUGGUGUUCAUUGGGGUGAUCCGUAAGAUUCCUGAAGUUUACAGUUUCAUUAUUUCCUAUUAUAUAUACUCUUACCAUUGGGGGUAUUGUUGUAUUGGUUUGUAUUAUGAUUCUAUGAAUUAAUAAGAAUUUAACUUUUAUGUUAUGGAUUCAUUAUUAUACGGAAUAUUGUGUUUUAUGGUUUAUAUAUAUAGACUGUAUCUUCUACAGUUCUACCCAAAUAUUUUGGUUCAUAUUUGUUGUAUACAAGCACUAAUUCAUUUCAAGAGAAGUCUACCCAUUACACUUUUAUCUUAUCGUAGAUUGUUAGGAAAAAUGUAUAUCAGUAUAGGAGAGUAUGUUUUUAACCAGUUGUAUUAAUCAUCCAAAAA